UACCCGACCUGUACCAUUCACAUUCCUGUCAUGUGUGGCAUCUUUUUCACUUUAACUCGCGAUGACCAUCCCGGCCCGGAUACCAAAACGCGGAAGCUUCUCGAGAAUCGAGGUCCUGAUAGCUUCAGAGGAUCUCCUGAAAUCAUCACCACAGCUUCUACUAACCUCUAUGCCAAUUUUUUGUCUUCUGUCCUCUCUCUGAGAGGUUCAGAAAUGGUCGAGCAGCCUCUUUGUCACUCUCCCACAGGGUCCAUGCUCUGCUGGAAUGGUGAGGCUUGGGGAUGUAGCGACAGCGCAAUGCAGAUCGAAGAUGAUUCCACGUUCAUGCUUUAUAAUCUGAUUCCCUUCCAGGCAAAAGAGCGAAAAGAUGCAGCAACGGAAACUAUCGGAUUCCUUUCGACUGUCCGCGGCCCCUAUGCUUUUGUCUUUUACGACGCGACCAAUAGAUUCAUAUAUUAUGGAAGAGACUGUCUUGGCAGGCGGUCUUUGCUGCAGAAGACUACGCCUGAUGACCAAUUAAUCCUCUCGAGCGUUUGUGAUAAUACAUCUGGACAGAACUGGACAGAGCUAGAAGCAGACGGGAUCUAUAUGAUUGAUCUAGACGACGACAGAAUCUCACACUCCAUCGUAGAGGCUACCACCCACAUCCCUCGUCGCAAGUCUGGACAGCUUAAUGACCCUUUUCCUCCUCUUAAUCUGUCAGUCGAAUCGAGCUUGGUUGAACUACAUGCACAUCCAUCCAAGACUCUGGACACCCUCCGGAAAGCGGUAGAAUUGCGAACAAAUCAUGUCCGUGAUGCGCGCGACAUCGUGUACCCACAUCCUAACGAUACAGAGGCGAGAGUAGCUGUGCUGUUUUCUGGUGGGCUCGAUUGCACAAUUCUAGCGCGCCUUGCACAUGAUACGAUCAGGCCUCAACAGAGCAUUGAUUUAAUCAACGUCGCUUUCGAAAACCCCCGCAUACACAGCAAUCUUGAUCCCGGGGUGUCACCAUAUGAGCUUUGUCCGGACCGUAUCACUGGAAGAGCUUCUUUUGCUGAGCUUUCCAGGAUGUGUCCUGGUCGUGUUUGGCGUUUUGUGGCAAUCGAUGUCCCCUACAAAGAGACUGUAAAAAAUCGAAACAAGGUCAUGACUUUAAUGCACCCCCACAAUACCGAAAUGGAUCUUUCGAUCUCGUAUGCUCUGUACUUUGCUUCAAAGGGGGCUGGUAUGGCCCAGAGCCCUUCGGGCGAACACCCAUAUACCUCCCCUGCGCGCGUGCUCCUGUCAGGUUUAGGUGCUGACGAGCUUUUUGGCGGUUACCAGCGGCAUGCGGUGGCAUAUUCACGUCGUGGCUAUGAAGGCCUUCUCGACGAACUAUGGCUCGAUUUUAGUCGCUUAGGAAAACGGAAUCUCGGACGCGACGACCGUGUUAUUAGCGACUCCGGUAGAGAGGUGCGGUUUCCAUAUCUUGAUGAAGCUUUCGUCUCCCUUGCUUUGCAGCUGCCGGUACGCUCAAAGUGCGAUUUUGGCCAACCGGAAAAGCCAGCAUCCGAUGAUCCAUUUCAGUUCCUGGAGCCUGGAAAGAGACUUUUGAGGGUCAUGGCCUGGUACUUGGGCUUGAAGGACGUUGCAGCAGAAAAGAAGCGCGCGAUACAAUUUGGUGCCCGUACGGCCAAGAUGGAGACUGGUAAGACAAAGGGCACUCAGAAACUGAGUUGA